AUGUCUGAACCAAUACAAAGAAUUCAUAAACGAACACUGACGGGCUUCUCUCCAACUGAGAUCCUAUCAAUUGAUGCCGCUAUUCCCCUCAAGUGCAGAGAGAUUUGGAAACGGUAUGGGGCUAACGAGUUUUCCGACGUGGAUGGGUUUGAGAGUCAGUUUGUGAAACAUGUGGAGACGACUUUGGCGCGUUCGAUUUACAAUUGCGACAAUUUGGCUGCAUACCAGGCCACUUCUAACUCCAUCAGAGAUAAGCUGAUUGUGCACUGGAACAAGACCCAGCACUUGCACACGGCCAAAGACGUGAAGCGGAUCUACUAUCUUUCCCUGGAGUUUUUGAUGGGUCGGGCUCUUGAUAAUGCCUUGAUCAACCUGGAAAUUCGCGACCUGGCUGCUACUGCAGUUGACGAACUUGGGUUCCGUCUUGAAGACAUUCUGGAGGUGGAGCCGGAUGCGGCGCUCGGAAACGGAGGCUUAGGUCGUUUGGCGGCUUGCUUUAUUGACUCGUUGUCCACAGGAAACUAUCCAGGCUGGGGGUACGGUUUGCGCUAUCAGUACGGUAUUUUUUCGCAGAAGAUCGUUGAUGGAUACCAGGCCGAGGCCCCAGACUACUGGCUCCGGUUCAGCAACCCGUGGGAGCUCCCCCGGUUGGAGAUUCAGAUCCCAGUUGAUUUCUACGGUUAUACUACGACUGUCAAAGACCCGCAAACGGGAAAAUCAAAGAAGCAAUGGAACGGUGGUGAGCAAAUUCUGGCUGUGGCCUACGACUUCCCCAUCCCAGGAUACGGCACUUCCAACGUAAACAACUUGAGAAUGUGGUCCUCGAAACCAACGACCGAGUUCGACUUCCAGAAAUUCAACGAAGGUGACUACCAGGACUCGCUGGCCCAGCAACAGCGUGCUGAGAGCAUCACGGCAGUGUUGUAUCCAAACGAUAACUUCUACAAGGGCAAGGAACUACGUUUGAAGCAGCAGUAUUUCUGGGUAGCUGCCUCACUUCACGAUAUUGUUCGUCGGUUCAUCAAGACAAAACGGCCAUGGGAUCAGUUUCCAGACCAGGUGGCUAUUCAGUUGAACGACACUCAUCCGACUUUGGCAGUUGUGGAACUCCAGCGUAUUCUCACGGAUUUGCAGGGUCUGGAAUGGGACGUGGCAUGGUCGAUUGUCCAGCGUACUUUUGGCUAUACCAACCACACGGUAAUGGCUGAGGCACUUGAGAAAUGGCCUGUUGAUCUGUUCGGGACGCUGUUGCCUCGCCAUCUGGAGAUUGUCUACGACAUCAACCUGGCUUUCCUGCAAAUGGUUGAGAAAAAGUUCCCAAAUGACAGAGGUCUGCUCAGCAGUGUUUCUGUUAUUGAAGAGAGCCAACCCAAGAAUAUUCGGAUGGCCAAUCUGGCGAUCAUCGGGUCUCACCGCGUGAACGGUGUGGCAGAAUUGCACUCUCAGCUCAUCAAGCAGACCAUUUUCAGCGAUUUCGUCAAGGUUUAUGGCUCUGACAAAUUCACCAAUGUAACCAAUGGAAUAACUCCACGGAGAUGGCUUCGCCAGGCCAACCCCGGUCUUGCGGCUUUGAUCGCAUCCAAACUUGGUGGAUACGGGUAUUUGAACGAUCUGAACAAACUGAAGGGUUUGGAGCAAUUCGUGGAAGAUCCCGGUUUCCGUGCCGAAUGGGCUGCCAUCAAGACCGCAAACAAGACUAAGCUAGCUGCUUUGAUUGCCUCGACAACUGGUGUGACUGUUAACCCAAACUCGCUGUUUGACGUCCAGGUCAAGCGCAUUCACGAGUACAAACGUCAGCAGCUGAACAUUUUCGGGGUCAUUUGGAGAUAUUUGCAGCUGAAGGCAACCCCCAAAGCUGAAAGAACUACUAAGUUUGUACCCAAAGUGUCCAUUUUCGGAGGAAAGGCGGCGCCUGGCUAUUACACCGCCAAAACCAUCAUUAAGCUGGUAAACUCGGUUGGUUCGGUGGUGAACUCUGACCCGGAAAUUGGCGACUUGCUUAAAGUAGUGUUUAUUCCAGACUAUAAUGUUUCCAAGGCCGAGGUCAUUUGCCCCGGGUCCGACCUUUCGGAACACAUCUCCACUGCGGGAACCGAGGCCUCCGGAACCUCGAACAUGAAGUUCGUGUUGAACGGAGGACUCAUUAUUGGAACAGUUGAUGGUGCCAAUGUGGAGAUCACCAGAGAGGUUGGCGAAGACAACAUCUUCCUGUUUGGCAAUUUGGCCGAGGAUGUUGAAGAUCUACGUCACGAGCACCACAUGGGACGGUCUCAUAUACCUGAUUCGCUGGUGCAGGUCUUUGAUGCGAUUUCGUCGGGUCAAUUUGGGACUCCGGAUGAGUUUCAGUCGCUUUUGGAUGGCGUUAGGUUCCAUGGCGACCACUAUCUGGUUUCGGACGACUUCGAAAGCUAUUUAGAGGCUCAAAAACUCGUUGACGAGGAGUUCCGCAAGAAGGAAGACUGGGUCAGGAAGAGUAUCAUUUCGGUUGCGAACAUGGGGUUCUUUAGUUCGGACAGGUGCAUUGAGGAAUACGCUGAGAACAUCUGGAACAUUGAACCAUUGGAAGAAAAGGUUUAG